UUUCUCAGCUGAACACAAUACCUAUCUCAAAUUGCUCUUACAAAGUACUCGAAACUUUUGAGUCCCUUUUCUUUUGUCUAUAUUUUCUUGCUUUGUUUGCAGCCUUCAAUAUGCAGAGUUCAACAGAUUCUCCACCACCUUCACCAACUCGUGAAAUUCGCAACAAAUCAGCAUCCAAUGUGCACACUACUUCAACAGAGUCUCCAACCCCUUCACCACCAACUCGUGAUGUUGGCAACAAUACAGAUUUAGUCAGCGAUGUAAUUUUAUGGAGGAGAAAGAAUUUGAGUGUUCUAACACUUUUAGCAGCUACAGCGAUAUGGCUAGCGCUUGAAGUCUAUGAAUUGAAAUUCGUGACUCUCUUUUCCUGGAUGUCCAUGUUAGCGAUCGCGUUUCUCUUUUUCUGGGGUAACAUACAUAGGCUCUUGGGGAAAGAGCAAGUGGACAUGUCAGCGAUGUAUAUAAGCGAAGAAUCAGCUAAGGCAAUGGGGACAAAAAUCCGGGAAUGUGUGGAAAAAUGCAUGCGAUUAAUAUUUAGCGUGAGUGCCGAGAAAGAGUGGUUCGUUUUUGCCGGAACUGUAGCUUCUUUGGGGUUGAUCUCGGUGGNAAGAUUAAGGAGUGGGGGCAGAAAGUAA